UGGCUUUGACCUCCCUGGGGACGGUGUCUGAGCAGAGGGAAAGCGCGAUUCCUUCAAGAUGCCGAUGUCGAGGAAGAACAGGAGAAAAUCCUCCGCUCCUCCCCAGGAGCCUUCGGAGAAGGUCAGAGAGCAGCAGGCGGAGGCAGAGCUUCGGAAGCUGCGGCAGCAGUUCCGGAAGAUGGUGGAAAGUCGGAAGUCCUUCAACUUCCGCAGCCAGCAGAAGAUCUCGAGGCAGUACAGGGAAAUCAAGACCCUGAAGGCAGAGCAGGAUAAGAUCAGCCUGCUUUUGAGUCUCAUGAAGUCCUCAAAGAACACAGAUCUGAACGAGAAAAACUACAUGGAGCUGCGUUUCCUGCUGCAAACCAAGGAGGACUACGAGGCCUUGAUUAAGUCCACGAAAGUGCUGUUGGCCCAGCUGGAUGAGAAGAUUGUUCAGAUGGAAAAAAAAAUCGCAGACCAAAAACAGAUCUUCUUAAAAAUGCAGGAGGCCAACAACCCCCAGAAACUUCAGAAACAGAUCCACGUUUUGGAAACCCGUUUGAAUCUCGUCACUGUUCAAUUUGACAAGAUGCUGACCACCAACGCCAAGCUCCGGAAGGAGAUUGAGGACCUACGGUUUGAGAAGGCUGCUUACGACAACGUCUACCAGCAGCUGCACCGGCGCAUGGCCGUGCAGAAGAAAACCAUGCAGGCGGCUGUCGAGCAAUCUACGCAGGCCUAUGAGCAGAGGCUGGAGGCCAUGGCCCGAAUGGCUGCCAUGGAGGACCGCCAGCAGAAGGACAUCUCGCAGUACAACCUGGAGAUCCGAGAGCUGGAGCGUCUCUAUGCCCACGAGACCAAGCUCAAAUCCUUCCUGCUCAGGAAGCUGAAUGACCGCACUGAACUCGAGGAGCAGGCCAAAAAGGAAGAAGCUUUCAAGGCAAAGAAGCACGGCAAGAAGAGCAAGGGAGAGAGUUUCGAGAGCUACGAGGUGGCCCACCUCCGGCUGAUGAAGCUGAUUGAGAGCGGGAACCUGAACCAGCUCAUUGAGGAAUUUCUGGCCAAGGAGGAGAAGAACUUUGCUCGGUUCACGUACGUCAUGGAGCUCAACAAUGACAUGGAGAUGAUGCAAAAGAAGACCCAGAGGAUCCAGAACGAGAUCAUCGACUUGCGAUCCCAGCAGAAAUCGUCCCAUGACGACAGCCGCUCUGUCCUGAGACAGCUGGAGGAGAAACUGAGGAAGACCACGGAAGAGGCAGACAUGUAUGAGAGCAAAUGCAGGGAGACCAACAACACUCUGGAGCGUCUCAAGAACUCAGUGGGACAUCUGUUUAAGAAGAUAAACUGUGACGCCACCAAGAUCCUGGGGCAGUUAGGGGAGACGGGGAAGAUCACCGACAUCAACCUUCCUCAGUAUUUUGCCAUCAUUGAAAAGAAGACCAACGACCUGCUGGUGCUAGAGUCCUACAGGCGGAUCCUGGACAUGGACAGGGCCGAGACCGAUAUCCUGACGCCCUUUGUCAACCCUUUCUGGGGGGGCUCUGCCCUCCUCAAGCCCCCAGAACCCAUCAAGGUUGUCCCGCCGGUGCUCGGGGCAGAUCCCUUCAGCGACAGGUUGGAUGAUGCGGAGCAGCCCCUGGCCCGCGGCAGCCUGCGGCAGCUGGUGCGGGACAGCUUCGCGCAGAGGGAGGCUCGGAGCCGGGAGCGCCCGGACAGCCUGCCCGAGAGGGCGGACGAGCUCAGGUCCAGGAAGAAGCUGACGCUGCGAGCGCCCCUCCACGCUCGUCGCCGAGAGCCCCGGGCUGCGGGAGCCGCUUGCGGGGAGGGGGCGGGGCGGAAAGCGGGCGUGGGCGACAAGAAUUGCGUGGGGUCCACACGGGCCCUGGGGACCUCUGAGGCGGUGACGGGCACGGGCUACCCCUCCCCGGGGCCACCCGGCGAAGCGGGAACGAGCAGGGCGCAGGGCCACGGGGGAGCCACAGUGUUGCCCCGAGACCCCAGAGCCACGAGCCCCAGUGUCGCGUUCGCUGCCGGGCCGUGCCUGGAGCGGACGGAGGCUGCGGGGCUGCGGGUCCCUGAGGGCUGGGGUCAUCCUGGGUCGGGGGGGGGCGCUGACUCGCCUGGGUCCCUGCCCACCAGGGCGCCAGUCCGCGACAGCCAGGGGGCGAUUUCUUCAGUUGCAGCGGCGGCCUGGCCCCGAGCGCCUCCCGGGGUGGCGCUGUCCUUGUUCCCGAGCUCAGAGCGCCCGACGCCCCCUUUCCGCUUCCUCUCGGUUUUCCUUUGGGGGAUCCCCGCUCCCCCCUGCCGGCGUGUGGUCGGAGGGGCUGAUCGUGUGGCCCAGGCCCGCCCGGCAGAGCGCGCCACCGCCCAGACCCCGGCGAUGGGCUGGGGCGGCUCAGGUCCCGGAGAGCCCCCAGGGGUGCUGUUCUGA